UGUGCACAUGUAAUAUGUGUCGAUGUAUAUAUACUACAACAUACAUGUGGAAUUCAUAGGACUUCUUGUGCAGUCAGUUCUUCUACCUGUAGGCCCUCACAAUUGAACUCAGAUUCUCAGCUUGGUAGUAAGCACCUUUACCCACAUAUAGGGCUUUUGGGGAUCCUGCUUGAGGUUUAAUGAUAAAGACAUAGAGACAUCUAUAUAGUUUAUGGCUGUUGGCUUUUUGUUGGGCUAGUCUCCCAGCUAGCUUCUUAACCUGACUUCUCAGCCAUUUUGUUCUAACAGGUGGUUCUUACUGCCCGGUUCCCAGGUCUGUCCUGUUUCCAUUUUGUGUUUUUCAGGCCAGAUGUUCUGCUGGUCUUUCUGCCCCAGCUCCAAACCUCCAGCCCUUAUGCAAAAAAGCACACCUUACUCAACCAAUUGGCCUUGGGGGCUAUGUGCCCUUGCCCAUGGCAGCUGGCCUUUCUCUUUUGAGCAGGUGUGUGUGGAUGGAGGGAUGCUGAUGAGACAGAGUUCAUAUGGAAGGCUUCCAGGGGAGAAGACAGUAACAGGGAAUCUGAGAAGCCAGAUCCCAGAUGCUGGCAUCUUGUUCAUUAUUCUUCCAGCAGCAGGAAACUUGAAAUACUGCCUUGUGGUUCUUAAUCAGCCUUUGGAUACACGAUUUCGCCAUCUUUGGAGAAAAGCUCUCUUAAGAGCCUGUGCUGAUGGAGGUGCCAACCACUUAUAUGAUCUCACUGAAGGAGAGAGAGAAAGCUUUUUGCCUGAAUUCAUCAAUGGGGACUUUGAUUCUAUUAGGCCUGAAGUCAAAGAGUACUACACCAAGAAGGGCUGUGAUCUUAUUUCAACUCCUGACCAAGACCACACUGACUUUACCAAGUGUCUUCAAGUGCUCCAAAGGAAGAUAGAGGAAAAAGAACUGCAGGUUGACAUGAUUGUGACACUGGGAGGUCUCGGUGGGCGUUUUGACCAAAUCAUGGCAUCUGUGAAUACCCUUUUCCAAGCCACUCACAUCACUCCUGUGCCAAUUAUAAUAAUCCAAAAGGACUCUCUCAUCUACCUCCUCCAACCCGGGAAGCACAGACUCCAUGUAGACACUGGAAUGGAAGGUAGCUGGUGUGGCCUGAUUCCUGUUGGACAGCCUUGCAACCAGGUGACGACAACAGGCCUGAAAUGGAACCUCACAAAUGAUGUUCUUGGCUUUGGAACACUGGUCAGUACUUCUAACACCUAUGAUGGGUCCGGCCUUGUCACUGUGGAAACUGACCACCCACUCCUCUGGACCAUGGCCAUCAAGAGCUAACCUACAGUGCAGCAUCCAUCUUGUACCUGUGCCUUCCCUUACCUGCCAACUGGUUCAUUGCUCAGCAUGAACAGCCACAUAGGUGUGCAGAAAUGUAAACUUCUCCAUGGGGAACCAUGAGCUAUCAAGGUGUUGGGGUUAAGGUAUAGCUGAGUGGCAGAGCACUUGCUGCGCAUGUACAAGGCCUUGGGUUCAACCCUCCACACCACAAAAUAAAGAUGGUGGUGUUUAAAGAUCCCAGGUAAUGCUAUAAAUGAUAUCUCAAUGUUAUAUUGAGGGAAAAAUUAUGGUCUAUCAAAGCAAAUAAGCUGUAUUAUAUGGCUAAUAUAGCUAAUGUGGAUCAUUACAUUAUAUAAUUCAGUUUUGAUCAUUUUAAUUUAAUUAAUCAGUCCAUUUACCUUAAAAUUCUUUUUUUUAAUUUUGAAGCACCAGAAGCUGUAUUGUGUUGCUUUGGAAUCUGGCACUUCCUUAAGUGCCUGACAACAAGGGCCGUCUCCUCUGAGUAGCUCCUAACAUCUGACUCCGGUCUGUAAUGUACAGUAUCUCCCCGAGUGCUGUGAUUGAAUGGCACCAGUUCACUUUGACAUCAUCUUUUCAAAGAUAAGAAUCAUUGACUUAAUUGUUAGGUUUAAAAGCAAGCAGCUACAUGGGCUUCGGGUAAAUGAGAAAUGGCAAUUCAGGAUUCACUCAAACAUUAACCCCUGAAAACUUGAAAGCACGCUCUCUGAGCUCUAGGAAUGUCGGUGCCCUUAUGAAAAUUGUGACACACUCAAAAGCUUUGGCCUGAGGAAUCGAUCAUAAGCCUGAAAAUUCAGUCACUUUUAACCUAUUUCUCACUAGGGGCAGGAGAGAUGUCUCAGUGGUUAGGGGCACUAGCUACUCUUCCAGAGGUCUUGAAUUCAGUUCCCACCAACUACAUGGUAGCUGGCAACCAUCUAUAAUGGAAUCCGAUACCCUCUUAUGGAAUGCAAGUGUACAUGCAGAUAGAAUACUCAUAAACAUAAAAAUAAAUAAAUUUGGAGGGAAAACACACUUCACACUAAAAAACAAAAUAUUAAUUCAGGGACCAUAUCUACUGACAUCACCAGAAAAUUAGUGUGGCUAUGGAGAUAAAUGAAUACCACUUGCUGAGGAAUUGACACCUGAAGCCUGUUUCUGCAUUCCAGUCCACACAGCGUGCUCUCUCUGCUGUAUGGUGGGAGGAAGUAAUCACUGAGUGUGUGAAAGAACCACAGGUAUAAACUCUAAAUGCUAACGUGUUGCAGGUGUAGAGUAAAUAACACAGUCCCUGACUUAGCCUAAGCUUGCUGGUGCAUUCAAACUUACUCAUGUUUCUUUCAUGAGCUCCCCCCUCAUCUUCCUACCCUGUCUUGUCCCAUUUCUUAAACCGUGUCUUGCCAAACAAACCAUGAUUUAAGGCAACCUGCCUACCUUGUUGCAUUUAUCCAAUAACUAUAUUACUGUCUUCUUGGUGCUACAACAGUAUGAAGCUUAAAACAAAUAGAGGAAGAAAAGGGAUCAGUUGAAUCAAUACCAAGUUCUUAACAGAAAUAGUUAGAAUCAUUGUUAUUAUUUUAUGCAAAUAUAUGAUUCUGAAAUCUGAAUGUCAAAUAAAAAGUUAUCAAUGUGCAUGUCUGUAGUUGGUUUCUCAGAAAUGUUUAAUGUUAUCGCUUGUAAUUCAAUAUGACUAAUCUUUCAAAAUCAUUGUUUCUGUUCAAAAGGUGAAUUACUAUGUGUAUUUUAUAAUUAAAAUCUCAGAUCUAACUUCAGAUAACAAUGCUGUAGUAUUAAGUUCUUCCUCGAACCUUUUCCAUGGAUAUAGAGACCAGAUCAUCUCUAGACAACCUGGACCAAUGAUUUAUAUUUCAUUACUUAAGACUCCUCUUGCUCUAGCUAUAAAAAGAAGAAUUACAUGGCUUA